UGGAAUUCAAUUAUAGAAUUUAUCAAUCAAUCAAUUGCUGCAACGAACGGUGAAAUUUGUUCACCAACGCUUUGAAGAUUUGAUUGAAGCACUUAAUUUUUAUCCAUGCUUGUUUCAGGAUCAAAAGGUCUCUAGUUUAGUCACGCCAUUUUGGUUGUUGUGAAAGCUUAACAAAGAUGAAUAGAACUGGGAAACUCAAAUCGUCGAGUUCUGAAUUGGACCUUGAUCGGCCAAACAUUGAGGAUUACCUACCCUCUGGAUCCAGUGUUCAACAUGAACGGCAUGGGAAGCUCCGCCUGUGUGAUUUGCUCGACAUUUCACCUAGUUUGUCUGAGGCAGCAGGUGUCAUUGUAGAUGAUUCAUUCACAAGGUGCUUCAAAUCAAAUCCUCCAGAACCUUGGAACUGGAAUGUUUAUUUGUUUCCUUUGUGGUGCUGUGGAGUUGUGAUUCGAUAUUUGAUUAUUUUNCCUAUUAGAAUUCUAGUGUUGACAUUAGGAUGGAUUAUAUUUCUUUCAGCCUUCAUUUCAGUGCACUGCCUCCUGAAAGGAAAUGUCGAUUUGAGGAAAAAGAUUGAGAGGUGUUUGGUGGAGAUGAUGUGCAGUUUCUUUGUUGCAUCCUGGACUGGGGUUGUUAACUACCAUGGGUCAAGGCCCAGUAUACGACCAAAACAGGUUUUUGUGGUCAAUCAUACUUCCAUGAUUGAUUUCAUUAUCUUAGAACAGAUGACUGCCUUUGCUGUUAUUAUGCAGAAGCAGCCUGGAUGGGUUGGUUAGUGUAUAGUGUUAUUGUGUUGCUUUUAAAUACAAAUUGAGCCCUGUCAUUAUCAUCAAAGCAGCUUUCUAUU